UGAGUGUCUCGGAUCAUCACUUUCGCGCAUUUUACGAAAUAAAUCAUUCAUUCAUUAAAUAAUUUACGUGCUCAAAGUUUUUUAAAUAGUGUGAUUAAAUUGAGAUAACUUUCUAUCAAUAACUCAUAUAAUCCUAUUAUAAAUAUCCAUUUUUAUUGCAAUACUUCCUCUUAUAUUCUUUCGUAACUACGUGUAAAGCAAAAACUAGUGUUACAAUUUAUUGAAUAUUACAGUCAUUUUCAAUAACUGUAAAUGGUUACCUCAUAAAUUCGGAACAGUGACAGUGUAGUGAUGUGUGGAAACAAAAGUGUUGUAUGAACUUUUCGAAUUUGGCCGUUCCGUUUGUAGCAAUUACGAAUUACGUUAGAGAAUUCUUCGCAAUGCUUAAAAGGAGGACAUCGAAACGUUUUGUUUUGGGUGAUACAUCCGUAGACGAUGAAAAAUGGGACGAAGAAGCUACGGAGGUCAUGCCGUCCAGUUUAGUACAAAAAUUCCAAAUGACACUAGAUGCGGAAUCUGAUAGAAACGAGACAGAAAAUGAAGAUCAAAUACAGGAGCAAGAUGGUAGACAUCUUCGGCUUCCUCAUUUGGGAAGUUUGACGCCGUCUAUGUCCCAGGGCACAGUAAUACACAGUCAGCGUUUCCAAGAGAAAGACUUCACUAUCGCCACUCCCGAGGAGUUUGUACGACGAUUUCAAGGGACUAAACCUAUUAACAAGGUUCUGAUAGCCAACAAUGGUAUCGGCGCAGUAAAAUGCAUGCGAUCGAUACGAAGAUGGUCCUACGAGAUGUUCAAGAACGAGCGCGCGGUGCGGUUCGUUGUUAUGGUGACUCCGGAAGAUCUGAAAGCGAACGCGGAAUACAUAAAGAUGGCCGACCACUACGUGCCGGUGCCGGGCGGCUCCAACAACAACAACUACGCGAACGUUGAGCUCAUCGUGGACAUCGCUGUGAGGACUCAAGUGCAGGCUGUGUGGGCGGGAUGGGGUCACGCGUCAGAGAACCCCAAGCUACCGGAGCUGCUGCACCGCGCGGGCGUGGUGUUCAUCGGACCCCCGGAGAAGGCCAUGUGGGCGCUCGGCGACAAGAUCGCGUCGUCCAUCGUCGCGCAGACUGCCGACAUACCCACCUUGCCCUGGAGUGGGAGCGAGUUGAAGGCGGAGUACAACAGCAAGAAGAUCAAGAUAUCUUCGGAGUUGUUCGCGCGCGGCUGCGUCACUUCACCCGAGCAGGGGCUGCAGGCCGCGCACAAGAUCGGGUUUCCCGUCAUGAUAAAGGCGUCGGAGGGGGGCGGCGGGAAGGGGAUACGGAAAGUGGAAAACCCCGAUGACUUCAGCAACAUGUUCCGACAAGUCCAAGCAGAAGUGCCCGGUUCCCCAAUAUUUGUGAUGAGGUUGGCUCGCUCGGCCAGACAUUUGGAGGUACAACUUUUAGCUGAUCAGUAUGGUAACGCGAUAUCGCUGUUCGGGCGCGACUGCUCGAUCCAGCGCCGGCAUCAGAAGAUCAUAGAAGAGGCGCCCGCCGCCAUCUCCAAACCGGACGUGUUCAUUGAAAUGGAGAAGGCCGCGGUACGCCUGGCCAAGAUGGUGGGCUACGUGAGCGCGGGCACGGUGGAGUACCUGUACGAGCCGCUCACCGGCGCCUACUACUUCCUGGAGCUCAACCCGCGCCUGCAGGUGGAGCACCCCUGCACCGAGAUGGUGGCCGACGUCAACCUGCCCGCGGCGCAGUUGCAGAUUGCCAUGGGUCUCCCGCUGUACCACAUCAAGGACAUCCGGUUACUUUACGGGGAGUCCCCGUGGGGCAUGAGCAACAUCAACUUCGACGAGCCCAAGCAGCGCCCCUCGCCCUGGGGACACGUCAUCGCCGCUAGGAUCACUUCUGAAAACCCUGACGAAGGUUUCAAGCCCUCUUCGGGCACAGUGCAAGAGCUCAACUUCCGUUCAUCGAAGAACGUGUGGGGCUACUUCAGUGUGGCGGCGUCGGGUGGUCUUCACGAGUUUGCCGACUCGCAGUUCGGACACUGCUUCUCCUGGGGGGAGACCAGGGAACAGGCGAGAGAGAACUUGGUGAUUGCUCUAAAAGAGCUGUGCAUCCGCGGUGACUUCCGCACCACCGUGGAGUACCUCAUCACACUGCUGGAGACGCCCGCUUUCCAGGAGAACAACAUCGACACUAGCUGGCUCGACGCGCUCAUCGCUGAGAGGGUGCAAUCAGAGAAACCAGACAUAAUGCUGGGAGUGCUGUGCGGCUCCAUCCUCAUUGCUGACAACAUCAUCACGGCUAACUUCCAAGAGUUUAAGAGCGCUUUGGAGAAGGGUCAAAUCCAGGGUUCAGCGCAACUGUCCAACUGCGUGGAGGUGGAGCUCAUUCACAGCGGACACAAGUACAAGGUCAGCGCGAUCAAGUCCGGCCCCACGUCAUACUUUAUUGCGAUGAACGGCAGCUUCAAGGAGUUGGAAGUGCACAAAUUGACUGAUGGAGGAACCCUGUUAUCGGUGGAUGGGGCCUCGUACACGACGUACCUCAGGGACGAGGUGGACAAGUAUCGCAUCGUGAUCGGCAACCAGACGGUGGUGUUCGAGAAGGAGAAGGACCCGUCCAAGCUGCGCGCGCCGUCGGCCGGCAAGCUCAUCAACACGCUGGUGGAGGACGGCGGACACGUGGACAAGGGGCAGCCUUAUGCAGAGAUUGAGGUGAUGAAAAUGGUGAUGACGCUCUCAGCGCCCGAGUCUGGUAACGUGACGUGGUGCCUGCGCCCCGGUGCGGUGCUGGAGAUGGGCUCGCUUAUGGGCACUCUCGAGCUCGACGACCCAUCACUAGUGACCACGGCGCAACCCUACAAAGGCCAGUUCGCGAUAGAGGACAACCAGCAGGUCUCCGAGAAACUGAACCACGCGCAUAACAAAUAUAAAUACAUAUUAGAGAACACACUCUCUGGGUACUGCCUGCCUGACCCGUACAAUACGCCGCGGUUGCGCGAAGUGGUCGAGAAGUUUAUGCAGAGUCUGCGCGACCCCUCUCUUCCUCUGUUGGAGCUGCAAGAAGUGCUGUCGUCGACGUCGGGUCGCAUCCCGAUCUCGGUGGAGAAGAAGGUGCGCAAGCUGAUGGCGCUGUACGAGAGGAACAUCACCAGCGUGCUGGCGCAGUUCCCCAGCCAACAGAUCGCCAGCGUCAUCGACCACCACGCGGCGUCGUUGGCGAAACGCUCCGACAGAGAUGUCUUCUUCAUGAGCACUCAGGCGCUUGUGGUCUUAGUGCAGAGAUACAGAAACGGUAUACGCGGUAGAAUGAAGGCGGCCGUACAUGAUCUGUUGAAGCAGUACUAUCAAGUGGAGAGCAACUUCCAAUUGGGUUCAUACGACAAAUGCGUGAUGGCGCUACGCGACCGCUACAAGGACGACAUGCAGGCCGUCGCCAACAUUAUAUUUUCGCACAAUCAAGUCGCCAAGAAGAACCUGCUGGUGACAAUGCUAAUAGACCACCUGUGGUCGAACGAGCCCGGCCUGACCGACGAGCUGGCGGCGACGCUCAACGAACUGACGUCGUUGCAUCGCGCCGAGCACAGCCGAGUCGCGCUUAGGGCGAGACAGGUGUUGAUAGCAGCUCACCAGCCCGCGUACGAGCUCCGCCACAACCAGAUGGAGUCCAUCUUCCUGUCGGCGGUGGACAUGUAUGGACACGACUUCCAUCCGGAGAACUUGCAGAAGCUUAUACUGUCGGAGACAUCUAUAUUUGACAUUCUACACGAUUUCUUCUACCAUACUAAUGCUGCGGUGUGCAACGCGGCGCUGGAGGUGUACGUGCGCCGCGCGUACACGUCGUACGACAUCACGUGUCUGCAGCACUUGGCGCUCUCCGGGGAGCUGGGCGUCGUGCACUUCCAGUUCAUCCUGCCCACCGGACAUCCCAACAGGAUUCCAAUCAGCCAAUCUGAGAUCGAGCUCGCUUCAGCGCAAGACCAAGAAGGCGUCCCAGCUGAACUUUCCACAGCCGCUAUGAGAAAGUGCCACCACCGCACUGGAGCCCUGGCGGCUUUCAACUCUUUCGAGCAGUUUAAGGAGUAUUCAGACGAGUUGCUCGACUUGGUGCAUGACUUCGCCAGUUCUGCUACUGUGAGGCGUGAGGACCUGCAAGCUUUACAAGAGGGCAGCGAGAACCGGGACAGUACAAGCAUCAACGUGGGUCUCGAUCUUAAGCCGAACAUCGAGGAAGAUGUGCCAUUGGAGCCGAUCCACAUCCUCAUGAUCGGCAUCCGGGACAGCGGCGAGAGCGACGACGUGGCGGUGGCGCGGCGCUUCGGCCAGUUCUGCCGCGUGCACGCGCGCGAGCUGCACCAGAAGCGCGUGCGCCGGAUCACCUUCAUGCUGCUCAUCAAGCGGCAGUUCCCCAAGUUCUUCACGUACCGCGCGCGCAACGACUUCACGGAGGACACGAUCUACCGCCACCUGGAGCCCGCGUCCGCCUUCCAGCUGGAGCUGUACCGCAUGCGCAGCUACGACCUGGAGGCGCUGCCCACCAGCAACCAGAAGAUGCACCUGUAUCUGGGCAAAGCCAAGGUGAAAAAGGGCCAAGAAGUGACGGACUAUCGCUUCUUCAUCAGAUCGAUCAUCAGACACCAGGACCUCAUCACCAAGGAAGCGUCGUUCGAGUAUCUACAAAAUGAAGGGGAGAGGGUGUUGCUGGAAGCGAUGGACGAGCUGGAGGUGGCGUUCUCCCACCAGCUGGCGAAGCGGACCGACUGCAACCACAUCUUCCUUAACUUCGGGCCCACCGUCAUCAUGGACACUGCUAAGAUAGAAGAGUCGGUGCUCGGCAUGGUGAUGCGCUACGGGCCGCGGCUGUGGAAGCUGCGCGUGCUGCAGGCCGAGAUACGGUUCACGCUUCGCAUCGGCCCCGGGCAGCCCACCAAGAACGUGCGCCUGUGCCUGUCCAACGGCUCCGGGUACUCGCUGGACGUGUACACCUACGAGGAGGUGGUGGACCCCCGGACCGGUGUGAUAAUCUUCCAAUCGUUCGGCACGAGACAAGGCCCGAUGCACGGCCUGCCCAUCUCUACGCCAUACGUCACCAAAGACUACCUGCAGCAGAAGAGAUUUUUGGCAACGUCGCAAGGCACGACAUACGUGUACGAUAUUCCGGACAUGUUCCGUCAAGUCGUGGAGAAGCGAUGGAAGGAAUGCAUCGACGAAGGCACCGUAGAUGGUCCACCGCCGGACACCGUGAUGAGUUCUGUGGAGCUGGUCGUUGAAGCGGACGCUGAGAAGAGGAUCGUGGAGGUGACUAGGUUGCCGGGACAGAACACUGUGGGUAUGGUAGCGUGGCGGUUAACCCUCUUCACGCCGGAGUACCCCGAGGGCCGGGACAUAGUGUUGAUAGCUAACGACCUCACACACUACAUGGGGUCUUUCGGACCGCAAGAGGACUGGGUGUACUACAGAGCUUCUCAGUAUGCGCGCGAAAGGAAAAUACCCAGGAUAUACAUCAGCGUGAACUCGGGCGCACGCAUCGGUGUGGCGGAGGAAGUGAAGGCGGAGUUCAACGUGGCGUGGCUGGACGCCGAGAGGCCCGAGCGAGGCUUCAAGUACCUGUACCUGAGCCCCGAGGCCUACUCCAGGCUCGGCCCUCUCAACUCGGUGAAGGCCCAACUGAUCGAUGACGAGGGAGAGUCCAGAUACAAGAUCACUGAUAUUAUUGGCAAAGAAGAAGGUUUAGGCGUGGAGUGUUUGCGCGACGCGGGUCUGAUAGCGGGCGAGACGUCGCAAGCGUACGAGGACGUGGUCACCAUCUCCGUGGUCACGUGCAGGGCCAUCGGCAUUGGCUCCUACGUGGUCAGGCUCGGCCACCGUGUGAUCCAAGUGGAGUCAUCGUACAUCAUCCUCACGGGCUACGCGGCGCUCAACAAGGUGCUGGGGCGCGCCGUGUACGCCAGCAACAACCAGCUGGGCGGCAUCCAGAUCAUGCACAACAACGGCGUCACGCACGCAGUGGCGCCCACCGACCUGGAGGCCAUCCGCACCACCGUCACCUGGCUGUCUUACGUGCCCAAGGAUAAACUCAGCAUAGUGCCCAUAAUGCGGUGCGCAGACCCGGUGGACCGGCCCGUAGAGUGGGUCCCGCCGCGCGCCGCGCACGACCCGCGCCUCAUGCUGACGGGCGACCACGCGCGGCACGGCUUCUUCGACCACGGCUCCUUCGACGAGAUCAUGAAGCCGUGGGCGCAGACUGUUGUCACUGGGCGCGCUCGCCUGGGCGGCAUACCCGUGGGCGUGGUGGCGGUGGAGACGCGCACGGUGGAGUUCACCCUGCCCGCCGACCCCGCCAACUGGGACUCGGAGGCCAAGACCGUGCAGCAGGCUGGCCAGGUUUGGUUCCCAGACUCUGCGUACAAGACAUCGCAGGCCAUCAACGACUUCUCGCGAGAAAACCUGCCUAUCAUCAUAUUUGCUAACUGGAGAGGGUUCAGCGGCGGACAGAAAGACAUGUACGAGCAGAUCCUGAAGUUCGGCGCCGAGAUAGUGUGCGCGCUGCGCCGCGCCACCGCGCCCGUGCUCGUGUACAUCCCGCCGGGCGCCGAGCUGCGGGGCGGCGCCUGGGCCGUGGUGGACCCCAGCGUCAACAGCCUGCGCAUGGAGAUGUACGCCGACAACGAGGCCAGAGGAGGAGUGCUGGAAGCGGAAGGUAUCGUGGAGGUGAAGUACAGACAGCGGGACAUACUCAAGACCAUGCACAGACUCGACCCGGAACUUCUCAGGCUGAGCGCGCGCACCACUGAAAUCAAAGAACAAAUAAAGGAGAUCUCGAAGAAUCUUGACCGUCGCGGCUCCAUCGACGACGUGCUGGUAAAGACCGAUGCCGGCAGACAAGCCGAGACUCGAGUGCGCGAGCUGGACACGGAGCUGACUGCCGCGGAGAAAACCAUGAAGGAGAGAGAAAAGGAACUGGCCCCUAUUUACCACGAGAUUGCGGUCCAGUUUGCCGAAUUACACGACACCGCCGAGAGAAUGCUUGAGAAGGGCUGUAUAUUUGACAUAAUACCGUGGCGCGACUCCCGGCGCCUGCUGUACUGGCGGCUCAAGCGGCUCCUGCGACAGAACGCGCAGGAACUGCGUGUGCAAGCGGCCACCGCCACCGGACCCGAGCACAUGGACCAGCGGGCCGCCGCCGCCACGCUGCGACGCUGGUUCACAGAGGACAAGGGGGAGACGCAGUCUCACCAGUGGGAGCACGACAACGAGGCGGUGUGCCGCUGGCUGGAGGCGCAGGCGGCGGACCACGACUCCGUGCUGGAGCGGAACCUGCGCGCCAUCAAGCAGGACGCCGUGCUGCAGGCCGUCAACCACUUGGUCAUGGAACUAACCCCAUCGCAACGCGCUGAAUUUGUAAGAAAACUCACUGCCUUAGAAAUGGAACCAGAUUUUAAUAAUUAGCUAUAAUAAAUUAUAAAUAGUUGUUAAUAGAUUUUUUUAUAUUACAAUCAAAGUGAUAACAGAUAAACUGGGUGAAUUUUGUUCUUUGAGGAGUAGAGUUCAAAAUUGUUUGGCAAUAAUUGCGAUUUCUUUUUUUAUACAGAUUAUUAUUGUUAGUUACAUUUUGAUUCUGUGUUAGAGGUGAAGUUAGACAGUUAUUUUCAGUUUAUUAUGUUUUGUUAUUCAUUAAAACUUAAUGCCAUGGAUAACUGAUUAUAAAAUUAUUAUUUAUAAAUAAAUUAAAUAUUAUAAAUUCAUCAUGAUUUCUUGAAGGCAUAAAAACAUUGACUGAUUUGUCUGUUUUUGUAGUUUGUCUGUAUUGCUUAUUAAAAAAUUUAAAUGACUGCCUAAUACCGCCCCUUGGAUUUCUAAAUUUUUCACUAUAAAUCAUGUAAUGAGUAAUUUUGGAAUUUAUAAAUUCUAAAUUGGCCAUGCGAGAGGCUAUGGCGUACCGCCCAGUGGUUUAGCGUUCCAGUACGAUUUUUUAUUGCUGCGAUAGGUGCCAUGGCCCUUGGGUUAGAAUAAUUUUCAACACUGCAAUAUUAGCUCUUAUUUAGUCGUAUUAAGGUGUAUAUUGCAAAAAAAUACUCUAAUUAGGAAAAAUGUACGAUGAAAGUCGCUUGCUAUGUGAUCAUGACAAGAUAGGUUUUAUAAGUAGACAAUAUCCGAAUGCGCUGCCUAUUUUUAUGUAGAAGUUACAUCAAAUAUAGGUCCGUCCUUGAAAAAAAAAAAUCAAAUUGUUGAUUUAUUUAUUCACCAGAGUAAAUAUUAUUUAUUAUUGCUAAUUAUCACAAAUUAUGAUUAACAUUAGAUGUAUAAUUGAAACAAAGACUACUUGCAAAGUCAGUUUUCUUUAGGAAAUAAGGGAUGUAUUUUAAUUAAAUUAAUUUUAUUAAUAACAUCUUUCGUUAAUUUUAGUAGUUUAGUCUGCUACGGGUUCGAUUCCCAGUUAGAGUCAAUUUAGGAAUUUUCGUUUUCUAUAUUAGCUUAGAUCUGGUGGUCGGUUUCAGUCGUACCUUACUGGUGGAGAUACGUUCCGGUACGAUAUCACCGAGAAACCGGUCAGAAAUAUAGGUCGAUAAACUACUGUUACUAAAUUAGCAUGCCACUGUCAUAGACAAUAUAGAUAGUUUAACUUAAUUAUUGCUUAUUUGGCAUUAAUGAAAAAAAAUGGCGCUUCGUACGCCACCAAAAACUAAGUUUAGUAAUAAAUAUGUGACCAAAGGCGUUCAGUUGAUUAAAUUACAUGUAGUGUAAAACUUGGUUGUAAACCAGGUCCAAUUUAUUUAGUUACUUUUGCACUCGUCGACAUUUUAAGCAUUACUAAUAUUUUGAUACACGAAAACAGACUUAAUGAUUCUUGCAUUAACGUUCAAAAUCGUUUACAAUUCAACUGUAGACUUUGAAGCUAUCUGCAUUAAGUUGAUUAUAUUCUGAGGGUAUAGAAAACGCGACUGUCGCAAUUCUAUCAACGACAAAAAUGUCGCCGUCUGCAAAAGCUGUUAAAAAAUUAAUUAUUUUUAUUUAUUACCAAUAACAGUGUGAUAUAUUAUUUUCUUUUAUAUUUUGGGGUUUUAUAAUUUUAUAUUUAUAUAUGAUUAAAAGAAAUAGACAUUAAGUUUUUACGUACGUACGAUACUCGGUUCCUAUAUUGAAAAAAAUGUUAUUUACAAUUUUUAUACAAUCUUUAAAAAUGUUAGGAUACUUUUCACAGGAAUCGGGAAUUGGUGUGACUGUUGUAAACUAAAUUGGAAAUACAUGGUGUUUUUGUAUAUAAAUAUACUAUUAUCUGAUUUAUUCUAAAUUCUUAUUUACAAUCAAAUAAGGAUAAAAAGCAAUCUAAUAUAUAAUAUUUUUUGUUUUAUUUUUUCAAAUUGAUGCGCAUGUUGCGUUUUAGUGCGUUAGUCGCGUUGUUGAAUACAUAAAUUAUAUUUUAAACUUUCCAAUUUAGUUUGCUAUGUAAAAUAACUAUAUAGAAUGUAUGUUUUAAUUUUGUAUGGGAAAGUAGGUAGAUACAAAACGCAACAUAUCAUUUAUCGUAAUAUGUUAUUGUGCAAAAUGGUUUUCUUUCUGGUACCGAAUGAGAAUGGAAUCUGACUUCUUCAGCACAUACGUUAUUUUUGUAUAUUAAUCUAGAUAAUUUGUGACGAUAGGUUGCGAAAUUACUGCUUGCUCGUAACAAAUAUACAUAAUGCAAAGCAGCAAAGGAUUGAAUCUUAGAAUCCUGAUCGAAGUGAGGGAUUUAAGGAUAAUAACACAACCUAAAUCUCAUUGCAGGGAGGAUUGGCAGAAAUGCCAUUUGUGUGGAUCUAUUUUGAAUUACAAAAUAGUGUCGUGAUUUUUUUUUUAAUUUAACUUUGAUUUUUUUUUUGUACAAUUGUUACUACUUACUACUACUCUACAAUACUAAUAAUAAAAAUAUAGUUUAAUAUAAUUUUAAAUUUAUUUGGAAAUGAAAUUUGCAUUACAUACAGCACAACGAUACAUUCCUAUCAUAUUUGUAUUUAUUUUAAUUUAUAUCAUUCAAUCGAUAGUUUCAAAUAAACUAUGUUGAUAUAGAGUAAGCUCUUCAUUAUUGUUACAAUGGAUUUAUAAUUUAUUUAUUUUUCUAUUCGAGAAUAUAAAUUUGGGCCAAAAUAUAUAAUAAAGUGAAAGCUACAUUAAUUUAUCACUUAAUAGAUUUUUAUAAUAUUAUAGGAAUAUUCUUAUUCCUAUAUUUUAUAUAGGAAUAAAAAAUAUAUACAGUAUCUAUCAUUUUAAAGGAACUGUAUAAAAUACAAAGUUAUUAAAUCGAUUCAAAAAAUUAUAUUUCCAAGUAAAAAGUUUUUUUAUCAACUUCGCCAUAUUAAGUUUACGAUGACGUCACAAGCCUCAGUUAUCGGGUGUAAAUGUAUAGGAUUUCCUUUUAAUGUAUAUUUUGGUUCAGUGUUGGUUGCGCUGCCGAUUGAUUCGUUGUAUAGAGCUAGUGGGUUCGGUUGUAGUACUCAUUGUUUGUAAAAAAUAAAUAAAUAUUUUAAUAAUA